UGUAUUAGGGGCCACAAAUGAGAAUGACCAGUUGAAUGAGGUCUGAAAGCGCAUUUGAGACUUCUUGAAAUAAAAGGGAGAGAGGGGAACUUUACCAUAUUACAGUAUGUGUCACAGCAACAUAAGGGCAGGCAUCACACAAUCAUAAUCACAUUUAUUUAUUUUGAUUUUAGACCUCACUUUUCUUCUGUAUUACUUAAUAUUUUAUUUCCUCUUUGUGAAUGCAUGUGAGUCAUUGGGCUACACCCACAUAACUUUGGUCAUUAUAUUAUACCUCUACAAGUCCAAUCUCUUUAACUUAAUUUAUUUAGUGACUUGUCGUGGAAGAGGCCCUCCUGGCUCUUCGAGCCAGACUGGCUCAGCAACCCCUGACAAACCCGAUCAACUCUAACCAAAUCAGGAGACAAUUUACAAUGACCAAUUCACAGACCCAGUACAUCUUUGGACUGUGGGAGGAAACCAGAGUACUGGGGGAAAACCCCACAUAUUCCAUUGGGGUGGGUGAGGUGAAUACAGAACAGAACACACCGAGUUCUAAUUGCAUUACAGUAUCCACUACACUACUCUUCAUGCGUGUAGCCACUGGAUAUCAUUAUUACCUGUUAUCUAAUCAUAAUUCUAUUGUAGGUCUUUAUGUAGAAACUGGCUGUUACAUGUCUAAUGUUACAGCAGUGGGUAUCCCAUUAUAAAAUGCAAUUAAAAAUUUACAGAAGCAGGCAGCACCAUUGCAAAAUCAAUCACAUGGUGUGCGUGAGAUCCUGGCAGUACAAAUAUACUCGUGUUCUGCUAAAACACAGAGAGCAAUUUUCUACAGAUUCCACCAAGAGUAAAGAAUGGAGACUUGAUGAGCAAGGGAAUUUUAACAGUUUGGUGAGCCAGUGAUAGAGGGUAAGCUGACUGCAAAUACCUUCGGACAAAAACCUGCUCUCAACAGAGAGGUCAUUCCAGAUAGUUGCCCCAGAAAAGGGGAAAAACGUAUGGAAUUUGUGUUGAUUCCAAGCACAAGAUCCAGUAGUGAGGAUGAGACGACCACCUUUGGCGUAAAACCACAUGAACUAUUUCUGAACUCCCCAACUACACCUGAUAAACCACCCCAGUGGACGCAAAGCAACCCACCAUCAACUCCAGAGGAGAAAAGGUGGAACCAGGCACAGGCCGUUCAGGCAGAUUUGGUACCCAUCAACGUGACUGGGGAGCCCCUUGAGAGGCAAGCAAACGAGCGACACUCUUUGUUCAACAGAGAGACCACGGUGAAUCCAAAAAGUACACUGAGGAGAAGGCGGACAAUCGCUGGCUUGUCUGAGUCAGUUCAGCCUCAGCCAGGGGCUUUUAAGGAAGAAUUGACAUCUCCUCGUAUGUUAACAAAGACAGAGGCAAAUCAGCGUCUCUUUACUUUUGAUGAAGAUAUGAGUGUUACCAAUGGGAAACAGGACCCCGUUAACAAUCUUGGGACGGUGCAGUCAUUUCCUCCAACUCUCAGGAAGGUACAAAGUGAUCUAGGUCAAAUAAACAAUUCAAAUCUAUCUCAGUCUUCAGGGAACAUCACAUUCACAAUGAACAAUCCCCAGGUGAUGCCUACAUCAUUAAGUGAACAUAGCUUCUCUUCUCUCAACACUUCUUGGAAUCAAAUGAGAGGAUCCAGCUUUUCUUCUUCCUUGAACAAUUCGAGUGUUGUAACUGCACCAAGCUCGGUGUCAGUGGAGGCCUUGCAUGUUGGCAAACAUGCUCCUUUGACAUUCAGUCAAACAUACAACAGUGGCCAGCCCCAUGUGCAGCAGGCUGUUGUUUCUUCAGCGCAGGAGCAACAUGCUACUGCGUCCAAUCUGGGAAACCACAUGGAGAACCAAUGUACUUUCAGUAAAGCUUGGAACGGCAGCAGUUCUGUGUCUUCGCCUCAUGUUUCAAAUAUGGCUUCAUCUGCGUCACUUCAGUGUUUGAAACAUCCUCAGCAGCAAGACUCAGGGCUAUUACUGAAUGCUGGCUCACAUCCAGAUUGCAAUGUUUCAUUAUCAACCUUUUUACCAAGUGAAGGCCAAAGACAAAAUGCCAGAAGCCCCAUGAUCAACACUUUCACAACACCGCCAGGGGAAGCAGCCCAGAAACUUCAGAAUCAUAAGGAUACAAGAACUAACCAUGAACGAAUUAUAAUUUACCCAAUUGAUGGCAUAAUUGAAGAUACGGCCUCAAGCCUGGAACUCCAAGGUUACGCGAAUACGGAUGCCUGCAAAUUCCGUGAGAGGUCACUGUCAACGCCAACAGAUUCUGGGUCAUGCUGUUCGGCGGAUGCAGUAAGGUUCUAUGACUCCAGGCACUAUGACCACACCCGGCGGCAUAGUGCAAAUUACAUCAUGCGUUAUCCCAGUGCCAGCUCUGAAGACAGCCAAAGCACUGAGAACGUCUCUGUAAUAACUGACCAGGAAGGAUGCCAGAAAACAAGACCUCGGUCAAGAAGUAUCUCUUUGAAAAAGCCAAAGAAGAAGCCAAUUCCACCGGUGCGAAAUGUUUCCUUGAAGACGUGUGAGAUCAGUCCUAAUCCUGAAAGAAUUCCAUCAAACAGUUCUCCUCAAGAAAACAGGCCAACAAAGCUGUUUAUCCCUGUGGAGAAGCAGGUGGCUCAAAGUGAAUCAAUAGAUAGCAAUGAAUCCAGUGGCUUUAUAUCAGAUGUCCGUUCCAGCUCAACUACACCCACGAUGAAGGACGGAGAACCCAUACGGUACACAGAACACUGGUUCCUUAAUGAUUGGAAGUCCAAUGAUCCAUAUAGGUCCCUCUCAAACUCUAGUACUACAACAGGAAUAACUGUAAUUGAGUGUAUUAAGUCUCAGAGCAGUUCUGAAUCCUUGACAUCACCAUCUGUUUCAAGAGCUACAACUCCAUCCCAGUUAUCUGUUGAAGUGGAAUCCAAAGUAUCUUCGCCAGGGAAGCUCCCUGGGCUGAUGUCACCAUCUAGUGGUUAUUCAAGUCAGUCGGAAACACCUACCACUUCUUUUCCGAUGUCUGUUUAUCAGUGCCAUGUGCCACAGCCAGGAGGCAAACCAAAGCCCAAGGUACCAGAAAGGAAGUCUUCAUUGCAGCCAGUUUCCCCAAAUGAAAAGAGCCCAAAAUCAAAGCGCAUCUUUGACUUGCCCAUUACUCCACCUCCUCAUUUGGAUUUUACAGGACUGCUCUCUAUCAAAAGCAAAGCAAAAGCCAGCCGACGGCAUUCCGAUUCCUCAAACAUCAAUAAGCCUGGCCAGAAACAGAGCCCUAACCAACCUUCCAUGCCAAUCAUCACCCAGACAGUUUUGGAAUCUGUCCGCCUUCGCUCAGUCAGUAAAUCAGAAAGCGAGGAUCACCUGGACGCAUUCGAACCACCACAGGUAAUCCACAGUGAACCCAGUGAAACACCCCCGAAAAAGGUCCGGCCACCGGUUCCAGGAAAGCCACCGAUGUCAAAAAGACCUUCAAGUAUCGCACUAAAGCUUUCUCCAAUCGAGCAUCCAUGUCCCACGACUACGCUCACUUCACCAGCUUCUAAAAAUAAAGCUUUUGUCACAGUCUUUAGGAAAGUUGGUGUCCAAAGACAAAGCUCUUUAGAUAGCCCAGAGAGUCAGAAGCCCCUGGGACCUCCAGAAUCUGCACGUGCUCAGUCUGUUUACAUUCAGAGUAACCACUUGGGCAAUAAACAAUCCAGAGGUGUACUAAACACCCAGGAUGAGAGCCAAAGGCUAAGUUCCACAGAGUUAACAGGGACUUCCACUCAAUAUAUUGAGAAGAAGAAAACUAAGACACCACCUCCUGUCCCUAAGAAACCAAAUGUACUGAUUGUGCCAACAAAUACGGCGCACAUACUUGUAGUCACGGAGAGAACAGAUCAGAGCCCACUACACAACCCAACUGGCCCUGCAUCCCCUAACAAUGCAAAUGCUCCACCUGCCACUGAUGCCUCCCAUGCAGAACGAGGGUCGAAAGUGAUUAAAGCACAUGGUCCAAGUACAGGAACUGUUGCAGCUACUGACAUUCGCCUGGAAGGGAACAGAUAUGUGGAAUACAAUGAUGGGACUGGGAGAUGCCAAAAGGUACCGCUGAGCCCUGAUCUGGGUCAGAAUUCUGCAGAUAUUCCCUUGAAUCCAAAUGUUAAGCAGAGAAGUCCCACAGAUGCACAGGGUGGAGAAAUGAUGGAGGAUGACGAUGAGGUCUUCGUCUCCUCAGGCGCCCAACACUCCACUGAAGAUCUCUUCACUGUUAUUCACAGGUCGAAGAGGAAAGUGCUCGGCUGGAAAGAGCCCGGACAAUCUUUCACUGUGAGACAGGUGGCUAUUUCCCCUACCAAACCCAUAGCAGCAGCCCCCAGCACUGGGCUCAAGCAUGCCCCCUCGGCUAAUGGAAAUGGGUCCAAAACCAGCACCAGUAAUGAGAACUUCAAGGCUCUGUUGCAAAAGAAGGGUAGCAAGCCUCCAGCAGGUGCACGUAUGUCGGCGGCUGAGCUCCUGAAAAGUACCAACCCACUUGCAAGAAGGAUUGCGACAGAGUUCACACAGGAACCAGAGAAAUGCCAGACAGUCUCAGAGCCAGACUCUCCUCAGAAAGCUUCAAAGUAUUAGGGCUAAGGCAAUUCCAGGAGAGGUGAUUCAUGUCAAACAUAAAGUUUCAAGUUUUGCCAUAUCAUCAGAGCUGUAAUCUGCUAACAAGGGAGGUAGCCUUGCAGAAUAAUACACACUGCAAGCACAGAGGAUGUGUAUUGUUCAUUUAGGAACCCAGAGAAAUUUGAAAUAAUUAGUUGAUAUAUUUCAAGUGCAAACUAGUUUUGAAUCAGUGUAAGGUGACGAUAUGAGAAGAUCUUCUUGAUAUGAAACGAGUUUUAAUUGAACUGGAAGAGCCUGAACUUUGAAAAUACACAAUGGAUGAGCUACAUUCCAGCCUGGCGCACUAAGUGUACUAUAGCCUUAUUGGAACUGAACUUUUAAAAAUAAGUUAUGUGCAUGAUUCUGCUCUGUUUAUAAAUAUUACAUGCAUCUCCAGUUAUUACUGCUUAACAACUGCUGAGUUAUCUAGCAGUAAACACAAUUUGCGUGCUCUGUGUGAGUGCGUGUGUGUGUGUGUGUGUGUGUGUGUGAGUGUGUGUGCGCACAUGUGUGUGUGCGUGGUGUGUGUACAUGCAUGUGUGUCAGGGAGGGGUACAGGGUGGGUGUAUAUGGAGAGUGGGUGUUGGGGGGAGGGUAAGUUGAUAGUUUUGUACUCCAGAUACAAUGAUAGAAAAGUUUCUUCUUCCUCAAGAAAUGUUUGGAGACAUUUUUAUUACAAGAUUCCUGGGGAGAAAACAAUAUCAUCUGAGAAACCCUUCAGCUCCACACUGCCACUGAGUCUACAUUCACUUUGUGAUCCCUGACCUACUAUGAAACUUCAAGAGAAAGACUUUUCCUUCAGAUUGUAAAAUAGCCUGCUUUUACCCUGUGACAGCGAGACUGUGUCCUGAGACUUGUGAAAUCUUUCCUUUGCCUUUUCCCCGUUUCUCCAUGUCUUCCCUCAAAUGACAACUGAGGAAACAGAGGGAGAGGUAAAAGCAGUGGUUCCAGGGGGUAUAAUGCUGAGGUCUUGCAAAUGGCUUGCAGUUUUUUUUUACUAUUUGCUUAAGAAACAGUUGUUUGCCUGAUCUGUAAUGUUUUUGGAAUAGUGCCUCCUAUUUUGCUGUUAAUUUUUACAUAUGUAAUAUGGCAUCAAUAUAUGAAUUGUUUCAGAGUUUUGAGAACUAGAAGAAAGGGGAGAAUUAUGAACGUAUAGGCUUUUAAAGGAUCUGUGUGCUGCCUUUACCAUGAUAUAACAUAAUGAUUUGAAUGUAGAAGAUAUCAAUGUCUUGGUUUUGAACUGGCUUGCUGGUCCUUAUCUGAUAUAUUGUUUAAAUAUUUCAGAAAUCCUUAGCCCUGGUGUUUUAAAAGUUUAUGUUUUAUUUUAUUUUAUUCACAAGGUGAAUGAAGUUCUGCUUGAAAAAGGAAAGUGAACCACAUCUUGAGGUGUAAACUGCUUAAUGCACACCCAGAAGCACAAUCCAAUUUAACCUGGCUAGGGUCAGAGCUGAACUCCAUCCUCCCAAAUCACCACAAACAUUUUGCUCUUUUUUUAGUCCAGAAGCAAAUUAAUGUCCGUUCAGACUCUUAGCCAAUAUUAUAUCCAUUCCACUCUGUUGAGCCCUUCUGAGCCAACUGGAUGUUCAGUCCACAGUCAGCACUGCACCCAAUACUUCAUUCCCUAUUCUCCAGAACCAUUCCAGUUCUGAGCCAUUUUCUGGCCAAUAGGACCUCUUUUUUUAUUAAUACUAGCAGCAGCACCACGUAUACAUACAUAUGUUUUCAUUUAUAAUUAUAAAUCUUUAUUAAUUGGAAUAGUUUGAAAUAUAUAUGAAAUAUUGUGAAAGUAUAUUUACCGCUGAUAUUGAGAACAAUAUCUAUCAGCUCGUUCCUUAUGGGCACAUUAGAAUACUUCCCAAUCCCUGUAUAAGUCUCAUCUUUAUCUCAGGGUUCUUUGUGUCUGGAGGAAUUUUGAUUUAUUAGAGAGUUAAAUAUCCCUCAUUAAUUAAAAAUACAUUUGUAAUGGCAAGACUAGAUCUUACUAAUUUGCACAGGUCACAAGUCAAUUGAUUGAAGCUUCUGGAAGUAUUCAUAUUUUAUCUUAACCUUGAAUGUAUAAGACUUCCCCGGCUCCCAGGGGUCAAACAUGGGGAGCACCUACAAUUCUUAACCUAGUGAUGUCACACUAUGGUAGGGAUAAGCAAUUGAAUGCACCUUGUGAUAAAAGCCAUUUACCACCAUGUCAAAAUACAGUGAGCAUUUGUCCUGCAAACAGUGAGAUAUGAGUGCACUUACCUCGAGAGGACUCCAUCGCUUUAUGUUUGUGAUGUCUUGCACUUAAGUAUUUGAAAUGAAUUGUGCGCUUUAAAAGUGACUCAGGAAAUUGGGAAUGAUCUAUAGUUAUUUUUACAUAUAUUGGGAAAUGCAUUUCCUGCCCCCAUAGUUUAGAGUGAUAAAUAAAAUAUAAUUGUGUAAUCUUUUGGGACAAUCAUUAAAAGAAACUUGAAGCAAUA